GCGGGGGAUAGAAGAGCCGAGUGACGUCACCACCUAAGCUCCACCUCUAGCUGCCUCUUCUAAUCUCGUUUUUCCGGCCGGGGCCUCCUCUUCGCCUUUCCUCCGCCAUCGUGCACCUUCUGCCCGCCUCGGCUUCUCGCUAUGUCUUCUCACAAGACUUUCAGAAUCAAACGAUUCCUGGCUAAGAAACAAAAGCAAAAUCGUCCUAUUCCUCAAUGGAUUCGGAUGAAAACUGGCAACAAAAUCAGGUACAACUCCAAGAGAAGACACUGGAGGAGAACGAAGCUGGGUCUGUAAGGAGUCAACAAUGGCAAGACAGUUUAUGCUGAAUCAUGAUCUUCAAUGAGUGUUACAAGAUGGAGAUCGACAUUUUCAACUUGGAGACUUGAUCAUGUUUAAGUUGGGAGUGCUUUCUCCGGUAAUAAAAUGUAGAACCUAUAAUAAAAUGUAGAAUUCUG